AUGGACCUAUUCGCCUGGAAUCAGACCUACCGCAUCUGGGUUUGUAAGACCUGCGAGCAUGGCGUUCCGCCGCGAGGGAUCUCAGGCCACCUCGGCUCGAAGAAACAUCGCGACCACAUAACUGCGAGAACGGGCAAGCAACGAGCCGCGGCCGCCCAAGAGGCCUGGUCCGUCGACCCGUGGGACCCUCACGUCGAACCAUUCCGCCCCCCGCCGCCGGACUCCCUCCCUCUCCCAGAGCUCCCUGUCUACAUGGGCUGGGGCUGCCUAGAGGACGGAUGCGAUUCGUACGCGGUACGGACCCCACAAUCGAUGCGACAACAUCGAUAUCGAGACCAUGGCAUCCGCUGUCGUCUAGGGCGCCCUGACCCCUCGAAACCGUCGCAGCAGCCAGCCCUACGUCCCGUCAGCUGCCAACGAUUCUUCCCAACGGGCCGGGGGAGUAGCUAUUUCAUUGUGACGCCUACUGUGCAGGUCCAGCGGGCUCGGCACGUCCUCGAGAUGAGCGAGGCGGAGUUCGUACAGACGCAGGUGGCGGACGCGCUCCAGCGCUCCGAUAGGCUCACGCGGGCCGACGAGGAGGUCGCGCCUACGCAUAGCGACCCGACCGAGUACUCGCCGUGGCUCGAGCUCACGCGGUGGCCGGAGUACGUUCGUGGGCACGCCUUCCGCGAUCUGGCUAUGCUCGCCGCCCUACCCGAUCCUACGGCGGAGCCGAUCCUCCAGGCCGUUGAGCAGAGCGUCCAACGGCUAGUCCAGGCGGCGUUCGACUCUAUUACUAGCUACCGCAUCAACGAAUUCGACCAGGUAAAGAUCAAUAGCUUCCUCCAGCGACAGGGCGUCUGGGACCGCCCCAUCCACAUCCGCCUCCGUCCUAAGACGUACCGCCGGUAUCAGCAGAUCUGGGUACGGCUAAUUAGCUUCGUCAUUCGGACUAGCCGGCCUAACCAGGCUAUCGAUCUAAAGCACCAGCCUACUACGCGGCAGCUCGAAGCUGUCGACCGGAUCGACCAGUUUGCCCAGCAGCUCUUAGGCCUAGAGAUCGAGAACGGCCUAGAGUCCCUAGACGCAGUAGAGUCCCCAGCCCAGGAACUCGGCCCGUCAAGUGGGCCCAAGGGCACCCGUAAGAGCUCCCCCGCCCAGCGAGCCAUGGCCCAGCUCGACCGUGCAUGCCUCGAUCUCUCGAUCGCGCUCCUCGACCACGAGCUCCGGGGCGAUCUCUUCGAAAGCCCCCUAAUCGGGUUUAUGGCAACGAUCGGGGUCGAUGUACCGAACCAGACGUACCGCGACCCAUUGAGCUACACCGGGCACCUGUCUGGCUUAGUUAAGAUAUCGCAGAUGCUUGUAGCCCAGCGGGCUGUACAGCUCGCGGACGACGGCGAGGUUGAGCAUCCGGGCGACGCACUCGACCGCAUGCGGGAGCGCUUCCUUAUGUUCGGGGUUCACGCCCCCUUUGGGUGGAUCACCCGGCUCCGGGCCUACGGCAAGAAGAUCCAGAACACGACGACUAGUAUAGGGUAUAUCAACUGGAACGACGACCACGACGCCUUAAGCUAUCGGGAGCUCCACCUAACUAUGGAUGGCCUUCGACGAUUCGUCCGCGUAGAGGUCGAGCUCGCACAGUACGACCUCGAACGACUCUUCCUCCUUAGCGAGGACGACGAGCGAGAGGGGUAG